AACUGCGCCCGCGCCCCCCGCCCUCCCAGGCCCUGCGCCCCGCGCCCGGGCCGCCGGCGAUGGUGACACAUGCGGCGGCGGCGCGCCGGCGGCAGGACCAUGGUUGAGCGCGCCAGCAAGUUCGUGCUGGUGGUGGCGGGCUCAGCGUGCUUCAUGCUCAUCCUGUACCAGUACGCGGGCCCGGGGCUGAGCCUGGGCGCGCCCGGCGGCCGCGCCCCGCCCGACGACCUGGACCUCUUCCCCACGCCCGACCCGCACUACGAGAAGAAGUACUACUUCCCGGUGCGCGAGCUAGAGCGCUCGCUGCGGUUCGACAUGAAGGGCGACGAUGUGAUCGUCUUCCUGCACAUCCAGAAGACCGGUGGCACUACCUUCGGCCGCCACCUCGUGCAGAAUGUGCGCCUCGAGGUGCCCUGCGACUGCCGGCCCGGUCAGAAGAAGUGCACCUGCUACCGGCCCAACCGCCGCGAGACCUGGCUCUUCUCCCGCUUCUCUACGGGCUGGAGCUGCGGGCUGCAUGCCGACUGGACCGAGCUCACCAACUGCGUGCCCGGCGUGCUGGACCGUCGCGACCCCGCCGCGUUGCGCACGCCCAGGAAGUUCUACUACAUCACCCUGCUGCGCGACCCCGUGUCCCGCUACCUGAGCGAGUGGCGGCAUGUGCAGCGGGGGGCCACGUGGAAGACCUCGCUGCACAUGUGUGACGGGCGCACGCCCACGCCCGAGGAGCUGCCACCCUGCUACGAGGGCACGGACUGGUCGGGCUGCACGCUACAGGAGUUCAUGGACUGCCCCUACAACCUGGCCAACAACCGCCAGGUGCGCAUGCUGGCCGACCUGAGCCUGGUGGGCUGCUACAACCUGUCCUUCAUCCCCGAGGGCAAGCGGGCCCAGCUGCUGCUGGAGAGCGCCAAGAAGAACCUGCGGGGCAUGGCCUUCUUCGGCCUGACGGAGUUCCAGCGCAAGACGCAGUACCUGUUCGAGCGGACGUUCAACCUCAAGUUCAUCCGGCCCUUCAUGCAGUACAACAGCACGCGGGCGGGCGGCGUGGAGGUGGACGAGGACACCAUCCGGCGCAUCGAGGAGCUUAACGACCUGGACAUGCAGCUCUACGACUACGCCAAGGACCUCUUCCAGCAGCGCUACCAGUACAAGCGGCAGCUGGAGCGCAGGGAGCAGCGUCUCAAGAGCCGGGAGGAGCGCCUGCUGCACCGCGCCAAGGAGGCGCUGCCGCGGGAGGAUGCCGAGGAGCCAGGCCGCGUGCCCACUGAGGACUACAUGAGCCACAUCAUCGAGAAGUGGUAGUGGUGGCCGGCCGUGGGGGGUGGCCCCUUGGGGGCGGGGGGCGGGUGAGGGGAGGUGAAAUCAGACAGACCAACCCACCCAGAACUCUGGUGGAGAGAGGGUCCCAGAUGCGCUCCCCAGAAGGUAGAUGAGUGCUGAGAAAGGAUGAGGGAGUGGGACGUGGCGCCCGGCGGGGCUGGUUCUCACUGUUCCUCCCAGACCGGGGUGUGAGGAGUCAACCAGUACAAGCCCCCAGGCCGGAGGAGUGUGUGCUUGAGGGACACCCCAGGCAGGGGCCAGGGGCAGGUGGCGCCCUUGUUUUCCUGGCCUCAGCUCACUCACAGUGGCCGAAGGUCUGAAGACAAGAAAAAGCAGAGAGCGGAGAUGAGACUUGCCCCGCCAGGAGUGCGACCUACACCCACUGUGCACCCCUGCUUUCUCUCUCCCCACUGCAAGCCAGCAGCAGCCUGACACCAGCUCCAGGCACCUUCCCAGGCUCAGGCCCCCUGGGCAGUCCCUUGGUCUCUGGUGACCCCAGUGCCCCUGGGCCUAAGUGAAGCCCCUUCCCUGGGCACGCAGGCAGCCCCUUGAGGUGUCCUCAGGAAUGGAGCUCCUAGCUCGCCCAUCUUUGACGGUCAGGGUCGUCCACCUCACCUGAAGCCAAGAAGACUCUAGUCCUUCCCUUGGGAAGCCCACUCUCUCUCUGGCCCAAGGUCAGAACGCACACUCUGGCUUCAUGCUUUGGGUCAUGAGAUCAAAGCACACUUUUUGGGACCCCUCCACCCCAUUUCCCGUAGUCCUUAGGCUGAGGAGGGCUGCAGGGAGAUGGGCCCACAUGCACUGCCCCCCAUUCUGUGGGCAAAGUGCAUCCCAGGAGUGGUAAGGCUCUGUCCAAGGAUGCUGCCACCUGUGUCCAAGCCCCCCACAACUGGCCUUUGGAGGUGACCACCUAGGAGAGUUUCCCCUGCCCCAUUUACCUUUCUGACCCUCUGAGAUUUGGUAGACUGUCCCUGGCCCCGGGCUCAUCGCUUGGACAUUUAUUCAGGGCUCACACCCCACUGUUCCCACAGCCCCAUGUGCAAAAGUACAAUCAAGCCUCCUUUGGCUAGAACAUGGCAGACUGUACCUGCCACCUAUGAACCAUAUCUCGGGGUCAUGUUGGUUCUGUAUGGCCAGGAAAGGGGACUCAGACUUUCAGAUUCUCAACUAGAGUUGGAGGAAAUGCUCUCAGUGGCUCCCUGGUACCCAGAUACACAGUCCUUCCCACCCCAGGCUCUCCCUGCAUUUCCCCUUGCCCACCCCCUGCCCACAAGCUGGUCAGGCCCUGUUCCUGGCAGCCCUUCAGAUUGGAGAAGCCAUGUUCCGUAUCCGUUGUAAACACUUACCCCAUGCCCUACCCGUCUUGUGCUGCAGGAGGCCAGGCCACUGUCUCCUCUGGGGGUGCUCUUCCCCACAUGAGGCCCAAGACCUGGGCUCUGGGAGCAGAGUGCAAGUCCCACACCCGAGGUGGAUGAGUGUGCUGUCUCUCCAGGAGAGGACCCACACAUGCCUGCAGGCGCAAGGGCAGUAAGGGCCAGGGCUGGCCUGUUUGGAGGGCAGCAGCCUCAUGGCCAGAUUCUACCAGGGGCCCUCCCUGCCCCAGGUUCUCUUCAGCCAUCACAGCUGUCCCACCACAGAGGUGUGGAAGCAAGGAACCUUCCAUAGCACAGGAGAUGCUAAAGUGUUGUCAAAUGAGGUGGCCACCUGGGAGGAAACAGCCUUUAGUCUUUGCUGGCCUGGCAUAGGGAUUGUGCCCAUAGCUCCUGCUUCCUACACUGACCACUUAAUCUUGUAGCCCAAGGGCAAUGCUCAGCAGCCUGGGAUGGGCACCGUGGCAGCCCAGGACCACCCCCCAGAGUGGGUGUGCCAUGCUGAGCAGGUGAGUGUUCAAGUGACUGAGUGGUUCUUUCAAGGGGUCGUGACAGUCAGCGUGGGGGAUCUGUUCUGACACUCAUCCUGUGGGAUGGGCGUGCUCCAGGGAGGAGGGUGGGACGCGUUCCUGAGAACUCUGGGGUCUUGCACAAGCACGUCAGGUGCUGGGGCCUUGCCGUCGCCUCCAUCAGGGGGUGGUCAAUUCCAGGGCGUACAUACAUGGAAAGCUUGGCCCUGUUCUGCCCCACUCCCUGGGCACCUGGCCCUUCUCGAGGUGGGCUUCCUGUGUGUGCAGGCUUGAGUGUAGGAUCUGUUUUGUACAUAUUGGAAUGUUUUAACUGAUGAUCCGUCGUCCUAAUUCACACAGAAACACGGGUCUCUCCUUGGUUUCUUUGCUGCAUCUGGAAAGCGGUCCCGUCUGGGGCCAGCACCCAGGCCGAGGUGCCCAGAGACAGCACCAGCUGCCAGUGCCCUUAGGCCCCUCGAGCCUCCAGGCCAGCACUUCUGCUCAGGCCGCCUGCGUGGAGGUGAAGGUUCCUCCUGCCUGCAGCAUCUCCUCCAACCGCUGCCACCUGCUGGGGCUCCACAAAGGGGGACCCCGCCCAGGGGCUCGGCCAGGGCUGAGAGGACAGAGGCAACACGCAGUGAGCAAACAGCCCACUCCCCACACAGACCUGCAAGUCCCCUCCCAGAGGAGGAACCAGGGACGGCAGAACUGUCCAAGCAAUGAGUCUGUGACCUUUUUGGGAACUGGAAGUGUUUAACUUGAACCCAGGAACGUUUAAAGCUUUAUUUAUUUAUAGCUUCUUAUUAAAAAAAAAAAAAAGUGUUGAGAAGAAAUCUUUUGGUUAUUCAUACAAGACAAACAAGUUGGUGAUGGAAAAGCAAGUCAUAAUCAUCUAAUUGUUUUUGUCUAGGUCAAGAAUGAAUGUUAGCAGAUGAAAUAAACCCUUGACAAAGA